AUGACUCAAAUGAAUGCUCCAAUGCUACAGUUUAAGAAUUCUGCUCUCUUUGGAAUCCAUCCACAAUCGUUUGUUUGCUUUCAUGCACAAAGUAGAAGUAUAACUAAGAAACCAUUAGUGGUUGAAGCCAGACGUAGAGCAAACACUAGAACAGAAAGUGCAAAAAUUCGGAACAGAAGGAUGCUGAAAAAGUAUAAUGGAACAGCUACACAUCCAAGGCUUUCGGUAUUUUGCUCAGAUAAGCAACUAUAUGCAAUGCUUGUAGAUGACAAAAAUAGGAGAUGUUUGUUCUAUGCAAGCACGCUCCAGAAAUCCUUUCAACAUGAUCCUUCUUGUAGCACUCUUGAAGCUGCUCAACGUGUUGGGGAGGCACUUGUCAAAGCUUGUGAUGAUCUCAACAUAAAAGAAAUAUCAUCCUAUGAUCGCAAUGGCCUCCACAGACGUGUGGAAAGGCUAAAAGCCUUUGAGAUUGCCAUUUCAAGUUAUGGAUUGUUGCCAGGGUAA